AAUUGAAAGCCAAGUAGUCAGCGUCAGCCGUCGGGUAAACGGUGUGGAUUAUACGAUUCUCCAAGUCAGCAAGUCGACACAGCAGUUGUCUCCGAACCCUCGAAUCGGCUGGACGUGGGAAACAUAUAUUUUAUAUAUAUAUAUAUAAUAUAUUCAGUUCGUGUCAAGAUUCGUGUCAAAACAAAAAAGUUUUUUUUUCGAAAAAAAAUUUUUUUUUAUAUUUUCAAAAAGUGAAAUUUUAUUUAUUUAUUUUUUUUUGAAAAAUUAAACAAAUCCUCGACGACGGCUUUUUUGCGCGCGCGUUAAAUCGAUUCCUCAACCAAAAAGGGUCGUCGAGGAUCAUUCAACUUUAAUAAAGGAAUAUUUUUAAUUUUAUAAUUUAAAAUAAAAAAUUGUUUUGUUUUUCUUAAAAACGCGCGACAAAAAGAAAAAGAAGAAGAAGAAAAAAAAACCUGUGUUUAUUUUAUUUAUAAAAGUUUUGCGCGGAGGAUUUUUUUUUUUGAAGAGAGUGACCUCUGCUCGCGCGCGCGUGAAGAAGAAGAAGACGUGUCUCUCGCUCUGGACCAAAAGGGAGUCAAGAGAAUCCGUUACGACGUAGCCGACUCGUACAAUGGUGACGACAACACAAAAUGACAGCGAAAGAAGUGUCGGUGGCGGUGAUGGAGAUGGGGGCGGCGGCGGUGGUGGUGGCGGUGGUGAAAAAAAUACCACAGUGUUUACGGUAUCUGUGAGUGGCGUUGGCUAUAGAAAUGAUGGUUACAAGGACGAUGGUACGGACGGUAUACCACCAGAACCAAGAAAACCACCACAAUUACCCGCGAGUGAUGAUGAUACACAAUCGCGUAAAUUUAAAUUGUCGCGCAGUGAAAAAUGGCGUAUUCUCAAAAAUAUUGGUACAGUGUCAAUAGCAUUUAUGGUACAAUUCACUGCAUUUCAAGGUACGGCAAAUUUACAAUCGUCAAUUAAUGCUAAAGAAGGCCUCGGUACAGUAUCAUUGUCAGCAAUUUAUGCUGCACUUGUGCUCUCUUGUAUUUUUAUACCAACAUUUGUGAUUAAAAGAUUGACCGUCAAAUGGACAUUGUGCGUGUCAAUGUUGUGUUAUGCGCCAUAUAUUGGCUCACAAUUUUAUCCACGUUUUUAUACACUUGUACCGGCUGGUGUUUUAUUGGGCCUUGGCGCCGCACCAAUGUGGGCGGCAAAAGCGACCUACCUCACGCAAGUUGGUGGUGUUUAUGCAAAACUCACCGAUCAACCUGCCGACGCUAUUGUUGUUAGAUUCUUUGGAUUUUUCUUUCUCGCAUGGCAAACGGCGGAACUUUGGGGAAAUCUUGUAUCGUCUCUUGUGUUAAGUGGAGAUGAAUUUGGAGGUAGUAAUAACUCUGUCAGUAGUGACAAUGCUAAAGUGAAAUUAUGUGGAGCUGAUUUCUGUGUUCAUGCAAAUGGUGGACACGAGAGUUUGGAUCGACCACAAGAUUCUGAGAUUUAUGAAAUCUCAGCAAUUUAUUUAUCUUGUGUUUUGGUUGCCGUUAUGAUUGUCGCUCUCUUCGUGGAUCCACUCUCCAGGUACGGGGAGAAACAACGAAGGGCUGACAGUCAAGAGAUAAGUGGAAUUCAACUAUUGUCUGCAACAGCUUAUCAAUUAAAAAAACCAUAUCAACAACUUUUAAUUCCCAUCACUGUGUGGAUUGGCAUGGAGCAGGCCUUCAUAGGAGCUGAUUUUACACAGGCUUACAUCUCGUGUGCAUUGGGAGUUCACAAAGUUGGUUAUGUGAUGAUCUGUUUUGGAGUAGUGAAUGCUGGAUGUUCAUUACUUUUUGGAUCGAUAAUGAAAUUUAUUGGCCGUCAGCCAGUGAUGGCACUCGGUGCCAUUGUUCAUGCAUCAUUAAUUGCGGUUCUUCUCACCUGGAAACCACAUCCUGAUAAUCCUUAUAUUUUUUAUACAAUAUCUGGACUAUGGGGCGUUGGUGAUGCCGUUUGGCAAACACAAGUCAAUGGACUCUACGGAACGCUCUUCAGGCGCAACAAAGAGGCGGCAUUUUCAAAUUAUCGACUAUGGGAGAGUGCAGGUUUUGUCGUGGCAUACGCCUACAGUACACAUCUUUGUGCAAGAAUGAAACUCUAUGCUCUUUUAUCGGUUCUUGUACUCGGUACAGCGGGUUAUUUGGUCGUUGAAAUUUUACACUGGCGUAAACAAAAAAGGCUCAAAGCCAUUGCCGAGGAUCCAAAAGCAGCUCAAGCGGAUGCCAAUCAACCCGAAGAAACGGAUGAUGAAAAAGAUGACAUUGACGACGACAUCAUCAUCACUCAUCUUUGAAUAAAAAGAGUAAAAAAAAAAACAAUUCUCGUCCUAACUCCUCUGAAAUCAAUCGACCUCAAAAGAGGAAACAAAAUUAACUAAAAAGGAAAAAUAAAAAAAAAAUGAAUCUUUUAUUUAAAAAAAUUUGAAAAGUUUCAAUUUUUUUUCUAGAGAAAGGAAGAAAAAGAUCUUCAAUUGUUUUGAAAAGAAAAAGAGGGUUGAAAUCCUCUUUGUAAAUAGAAAAUUGAAAAAACAAAAUUCUGGCUGCUUUUCUGAAUCGAUUGGAUUCUCAGAAUGGGAAAAUCGAAAAGACUCGUAAAAAAAAAAAAACUCUCGAUCCUGCUCCAAAGAUCCUCUUGGAUUUACCGAGACACAUCCGCCUUUCUCCAACUCGAGGUUUAUUUACAACACUUUCUACCGAGGGAGGAAAUUUAUUUUGGAAAAAGAAAAGAAAAAUCGGUAUUCGACGUUUAAAUACCAUUGCGUUUCAAAAAAAAAGAAAAAAAAAAAAAGAACCAAACGAUCCAAAGGACUAUUUACCCAAUGGAGACUCUCCUGGCGAUAAGCCAGGCUCAAAAUUAUAUUUUGGGAAAAUGUAAUUCCAAGUUCCGAGAGGAAUAUUACAAUAGCGUCAGGGUUGGAAAAAGUAUUAGACCUUAUAGGUGUACUUAGUUAAUUUUAUCGAGCACCCGAAUUGCUCCGUUUAUAAGAAUUGUUUUAAAUUAAAAACUUCCUACCAAAAUCUGGCCAAGACUUCCGCUAUAAAUUGCAAAACUUCGACAAAAAAAAUAAAUUCCGAAAAAGAAAUUUCUGCAGUUUUUCAUAAAAUUAAAAAUUAUUUUAUUUCUUUUUACUCAAAAAUUACUAUUCAAAAAGUAAAUUAUUUUUCAUGUGAAAAUUGUAAUUUUUAAUUUUCCCCAGAAAAAAACGUUUCACAUUUCAAAUACUGUUUCACACUCCUGUUAUCAUUUUUUUUUCCCACGAGAAUCAAGGGGAAAAAAAAACAAACGGAUUUGUGAAAAUUGAAAAAAGAAAAAAUCUGAUAAUAGUUUUCCGUGAAUUUUCCGUUUCGCAAAGAUAUUGUAUUUCCGUUUUAAAAUUGAAAUACGAUGAUUGAAAAAAACAAUGGAAUAAAACUUUUGCAGAAAGUUCUUUUCUUUUCACGCUAUAAAUUAGCCCUUUGGCAAUCUUAAAACUGCAAAACGACGAAGCAGAGAACAAUUUGAAAAUCCCUCCUUUUAUAUAAUGUACUUACUCAUGCAGAAUUAUGUGAUAAUCGCGAGAGACACUUUUACUCGAGGAAUUUAACGAACAAAAGAUGAAAUUAUAAAUUUCCAGUACAUUAUAUAUAUUU